AUGGCAAUAAUCAUCUUUAAGAUAAAGUUUACUAGUUAAUUUGCUUAUCUUAAUUGUGAUCUUUUCAUAUCUGGAACAAAAAAUUUAUCACCUAUAUUUAACUAAUUUGAAUAAGUGUAUAUUUACAAAAAAUUAAAUAUCAAUUUUAAUAGAAAUAGAAAAAUUAAGAUUACAUAUACUUAAGCUGAUCAUUAAAAUCAAUAAAUAAUAGGCUUUUGCAUUGAUAGUACGUGUCCAAAUUAAUAAUUCUUCCGGUUCAAAAUGUUUAAAAGAAUGUUUAAGAAUGUAAAGUUGCCCUUGAUAGUCUUAUAAAUGUGUUACUUUUUUAUAGUAACUAGUAUAUUUAAUAAUUAACAAAAUUAGAAUUAUCAAAAAUUGAUUAAUAAAUAAAAGGUUUAUGUUAAAAGGGAGAUUUCGAAGAAAAAUAAUUUAAAUAACUUAAACAAUCAAUCGAAUAAACUAAAUCAAUUGUAAGUGAAAUACUUAACACAAUAAAGAAUCAACCUAAUAUAAAGUAAAAUCGUAAUAUAAAAAAUAUACAAUAUAAUAUAGAUGAAUCAAUUUUAGAAUAGCGUAAGAAAGUAUGUA